UUCUCCUACCACUCAAAACCAAACACCUUUUGAAACUAAAAAACAUGGCGUCUGAGAAAAGCAAGAUUCUAGUGAUCGGAGGAACUGGUUACAUUGGAAAAUUCAUAGUAGAAGCUAGCGUUAAAGCCGGCCACACCACAUUCGCUCUCGUUAGAGAAGCAACUCUCUCCGAUCCCGUCAAAGGCAAAACCGUCCAGAGUUUCAAAGACAUCGGCGUCACUAUACUACAUGGAGAUCUGAAUGACCAUGAGAGUUUAGUGAAGGCCAUUAAACAGGUCGAUGUGGUCAUAUCAACCGUAGGGAGCAUGCAAAUCUUGGAUCAAACCAAUAUCAUUUCCGCCAUUAAAGAAGCCGGUAACGUCAAGAGAUUCUUGCCGUCUGAGUUUGGGGUGGAUGUCGACAGGACAAACGCGGUUGAGCCCGCAAAGUCAGCCUUUGCAGGGAAAAUACAGAUCAGGAGAGCGGUCGAAGCGGAAGGAAUACCAUACACUUACGCUGUGACCGGUUGCUUUGCCGGUUACUACCUACCGACAUUGGUUCAGUUCGAGCCUGGUCUCACUUCUCCUCCUAGAGACAAAGUCACCAUUUUAGGCGAUGGAAAUGCCAAAGCUGUGAUUAACAAGGAGGAAGAUAUUGCUGCUUACACGAUUAAGGCGGUGGAUGAUCCGAGGACUUUGAACAGAAUCCUUUACGCUAAUCCUCUUGACAACACUUUAUCGAUGAACGAAAUGGUCACCUUGUGGGAGAAAAAGAUAGGCAAGUCUCUCGAGAAGACUCACAUCCCAGAGGAACAAAUCCUUAAAAGCAUCAAAGAGUCUCCGGUUCCCAUCAAUGUUCUUCUGUCGAUAAACCACGCAGUUUUUGUGAACGGAGAUCAGACCAAUUUCACCAUAGAGCCUUCGUUUGGUGUGGAAGCCUCUGAGCUUUACCCUGAUGUCAAGUACACGAGUAUCGAUGAGUAUCUCAGCUAUUUUGCUUGAGGAACUUGAUAAAACACUUCAUUACCACCACGACGUAUUUCAUGUUUGUAUCACUAAAAAUUAUCCUUGUUAUGCGUGUGUGUGUGUGACUCGUCAUGCACAGUGAUUAUUUACCUCUAUUUCCGAUAUUUUGAUGGUUAUGAAUUAUAUAAGUAAUACAUAUUUCAAAUGCUAAACUAAGUAGGUAUACGUGCUAGUCAUUAUUAUGCACAAUGUUAUGAAAUAUACAAUUUGUUUA